GAUCAAGAGAGUUUUUCUAUUCAUUUUUCAAUCUCUCAUUUGUUCUCUGUUUUUAUGAUCGAUUUUCGCUUAACUAUCUGCAAUUCUAUUUCUUCUUCUUCUUUUUCUUCUCGAAUUUCAGAUUUGAAGAAAUCCAAAUCUCUGUUACUCUCUGUGAUUCCAAUGUCGGCCUUGGAAGGAGGAGGAGGUACGCUUUCGGAGAUAUACCAGAGUGCGAAGAGGCUGUUGUUGAGGACUAGGGAUGGGCUUGAGAAGCUGGAGCGUCUUGAGUACACGGCGGCUAGCGGCUUGGAUUCCCCCGAGCUUUCCUUCUCGAUCAAGAGGGAUAUUACUCAGAUCCAGUCUCUCUGUGUGGAGAUGGAUAGGCUCUGGCGGUCUGUUGCGGCGAAAUCUCAACGUGAUUUGUGGAAAAGAAAGGUGGAACAGGUUGCUGAGGAGGCUGAUUCUAUGAAACAAAGUUUGGAUAAGUAUUUUCUUAGAAACCAGAAACGGAUGAUGGAAGCGAAAGAGAGAACAGAAUUACUUGGAAGAGCUAGUGGUGACUCUGCUCACAUUUUAAGAAUUUUUGACGACGAGGCACAAGCUAUGAACUCAGUUCGAAAUUCAUCACGGAUGUUAGAGGAAGCUAGUGCAACCGGAGAAGCAAUCCUUUUCAAAUACUCUGAGCAGAGAGACCGCCUGAAGAGAGCACAAAGGAAGGCACUAGACGUCCUUAAUACAGUGGGGCUCUCCAACUCUGUACUGAAACUCAUUGAGAGACGACACCGAGUUGAUAAUUGGAUUAAAUAUGCAGGCAUGAUUUUAACCAUAGUAGUUGUGUUUGUUUUUGUUCGAUGGAUACGGUGAUUCUUACGCAAUGAUUGUCGUACAAUUCAAUCCAUGCUGGCUCCUUGAAGGAAGGUACAUAUUGAGGCUGGCUUUAGUUUGACCUCCCAGUGUUUGCACCUCUGGAGGUCUCACCAUCCAGAAGACAAAAUAGAGUACAUAGAAAGCACAGCUACUUUGAUGAUGCCCUCCAUGUCGAGCUUUGCUUUGCAAGUUCGAUUGCCCAGCAAAUUUUCAGGUAAUCUGCAGUCUCCCUUCUGGGUUGCCAUCGUUUAAGUUCUGAUGUGAGAUGCAUGGAUGUGUCAGAAGUAGCUUCUUUUGCUGAUGGUGGUGGUGAUGCUAGGCUUUUGUUUGUGACAUUUCCUUAUGGAAUUUUUCUUUCAGGUUUGUAAUUCAAACAUGUGGAGAUUUUGAACUACAACUAAGCUUAGAGUUGCCUCAACAUUCUCUAUAGCGUUUUUCCAAUUUUGGAAGAAAUGGUAAAAGUUAGGUCCUUAGGCAAAACCUUAGUUGAUGAGUGUGGUGUUUAAAAUUGAAAGUUGUACUCUUGUGCCUAUAUGCUAUUUGACUCCCAUAUUUCACCUUUAUUAUCAAAAUUAUGGUUUGAAUGCAAUUAGAGGAUUUUUCCUAAUAAAUCUUUAUCGUGGGAUGAUUGAUUCGGUUCUUCUCGUUUGAAGGCCCUCCUCACCGUGUCUCCAAAACAAGA